CGAACAAAGAGCCAGGAACACCACCUAAUUGAAACACCUCUUGAUAUAUCAUGACCAAAGAGACCACUCCUCCUCCACAAUCCAACCCCGACACCAACCCUUCCCACCCCGCCCCCUCUCUUCCAAACUCCCCUCUCGCAAAACGUCCCAAGAUGACCAACAUUGACUCAACGACCGACUCUUCCUCUCCCACCGUCACUUCUCUCUCCCAAAACACCCUCCCGCCGCUACUUGUCAAAAAAUUACUGCCCCAAGCCCAAGCACCCAAGCGGGGCUCAGCAUUCGCCGCCGGUUACGAUCUCUACGCCGCGAAGCAGACCGUUAUUCCCGCCAAGGGCAAGGGACUCGUAGACACCGGCCUUGCUAUUGCCGUGCCAGACGGAACAUACGGAAGAAUAGCGCCUCGAAGUGGUCUGGCCGCGAAGAACUUCAUCGACACCGGCGCCGGCGUGAUCGAUGCGGACUAUCGCGGAGAGGUCAAGGUGUUGCUGUUUAACUUCUCCGAUGUGGAUUUUACCGUCAACGAAGGAGAUAGGAUCGCCCAGCUUGUUCUUGAGCGAAUUUAUACUCCCGAAAUACAGGUAGUCGAGCACCUGGAAGAAAGUGUGAGGGGUGCCGGCGGAUUCGGCAGCACUGGCUGAAGGAGCUCUAAUUAUUGGGCAGUUUUGCCGCGAGUCUGCGACGUCUUCGGGCAGCUGGCUUCAGCCGUCAGAAUGCCAAGGGAGAAAACCACGGUGGUUGUAACGGGCUAGCUUAAAAAGCCAAAAAAAGCCAUUCAAGGCCACCAAAACGGCAAUGACACGAGUUGAUCAAACUAUUAGUGUGUUACAAGAUUAAAAGCAGCCUCAAAGGAUAGAAAGA